AAAAACGACCACGAGUGUGAGAUUCGCAGAAGAUUAUUUAUUUAAAUUAAUUUUUCUAUUAAAAUUAAUUAAAGCUUUAUAUUUAACAAGUAUUCGACAUCAAGAGAAUCAUUUUCUCAAAGCACACUUCGGUAAAAAAUCAAAAUCAUGUCGUACAUAGUCAAACAAGUUUUUCUGCAAUCUCGAACUCCACUGGUCCAGUUUCAAAGAUUUCGAGGCAAAAUAAACAUCCAGAGACCUCAAAAGCCUCACUAUGAACGAGCCAGAGUGAUGGCAGUGACCCAACCAAUCUACGAGAAACCUCCACCAUCGAAAAAUUGUUUCGAAAAGACAAUAAAACCCGAUGAGCUUAAUCCUUACAACAAAAUUAUCGCUAAAGAAGUGUUCAAUUGGUUGGAACACUCGAAAAUGGUUGGCAUAUUCCAUUUGAACCCAAUUAGCGAAGAUGAAUUAUUUAAAAUUCGUGUGGCUCUGCAUCGACAAAAUAUCACCUUCAAACGAUAUGGCAAGAAAAUCAUUAAAAUGGCUGUCGACAACACUAAAUACGAAGCUAUCGUCCCAUUGUUUGAUUCGAAUCAUUGCAUUGUAUUCUCGCCAGAAGCAAAUGUUGCCACAUUAUUAAAGAUUACCAGGAAAGUUCCACAGAUGUUGCUCUUAGGUGGAAUCUUAGAAAACAGAUUGCUUAGUAGGAAUGAAUUUGUUAAUUUCGCAAACCUUCCUAACAUCCAGGUUGCACAAGCACAAUUUGUUUCAGUAUUAAAUAUGGCUGUGGGACAACUUGUACAAAAUUUGGAAGCUCAUCAAAAUUCUUUUGUAAAUAUUUUGGACGUUUAUGCCAAACAAGAUGUAUCUGUAGCUGGCGAAGUUGUAGCAGAUAAAACACUCGAAGCAGCUGCAAUUCCAGCAGAAAAAUCUUCAGCUUCUGAGAAUGAAAAGGAGUCUUUAAGUGCGGACAAAAAAGAAACAACUCCAGAGGAUAAGGCGUCAGCCUCAGCAACAGAAACAUCACACGAAGCAGACGGAGUAAAAGAAGAUAAACCUUUUGAAAGUAAACCAGAUAGUGAAAAGCCAAAGGAAUAAAAAUGUAAAUGUGUUAAUGAUAAAAAAAAAUUAAAAAUAAAUCAAAUUGUUUUCAUUCACUUCAAAUUCUAGUAAAAGAUAAAGGGAUUAAAAGAUUUCCAUUAAAACAUCUA